CAAGAAAGUAGUCAUUUAUUCUUGUAACCACAUUCCCAUGUUCUACCUCACUUAUUGUCCCACUACUUUGCUAUUUAAACUAUGGAAGAAUUCUAGACCUAUAAAUAGUGGUGUUUUCACCAACAUGGUAUAUGCCUGCUUCUUUAACAUGUUAUACUUUCUUUUCACCCUAUACAGAACUUGAUGCUUCCAGUUGAAUACAUUGUGGUUGCUUCUGAUCUUAAAAUGACAAACAUCUUGUUCUUUCUCUACAACAUUGCCUUCCAAGCUGACUAAAAUUUGUGUUCACUCCAAAUAUGAUCAUCGUUGUGCCUCUGGAUGAUUGUUUAACUAAAAAAACUGUGUUUUUUGUGGACAUGAAACUAGCCUUGGUGACUAGUUAAAAGUAUUUAUCUUAGAAAUCUGUGUUCCCUAGUCAAUUUGCUUUUUGAACUUCUUCUGUCAUUGGCAUUCUACCUUGAAGGAUCUGGAGAGUAUUACUACUCAAAGCACAUUGGUAAAGGGGUUCAAAAUUUCCAUUUCAAAAAAGAAAAAACUACUCAAAUAUUGUCAGCUAAUAUAGAUAUAAAUCCCUUUCACAUUUACUGCACUUUGGAUAUUGGAUUUUAAUAGUAUUUCAAAUCUACCAAGUAACUUCAGUAUUCUAAUCUUAUUCUGAAUUGCUUCGUCUUACACUGAAUUUCUUACCCUGUAGGUUGACACCUGUGAAGUACUAUUCCACUUGAGGGUAUUGCAGAUUUUCAUUUGGAUGAUAGAGUACUAGUUCAAAUUGUUUUAUGGUGUUCAUAAUGACGUAAAUGACAAUGCAAAACAUAAUGACGUAAAUGACAAUGCAAAACAUGUACAAGAAUAAGAUGGACCAUAUGCGUUUAUGAUACCCUACCAUUCGAUUUAGACAAGGCUUUUUCAAUCUUAUCCAUGCUGUGCUCUAUAAAGAAAAAAGAAAAAGACUUCCUUAUCCAAAAAGAAAAAAGAAAAAAGAAAAAGAAAAAGAAAUUUGAGCUUGUGAUUUUCAAGUCAGAUUCUACAUUUAGAACCUUACUUUAAACAGGGAUAUCUACAAUUGGUUUAUGACAUUUAGAAGUGAUCAAAGCUGAGGAGAGGCUGUGGGAGUAAUUCAAGGGUGUUGGGGCUAUUUGGUAUAGAUAAAGAAUUUCAUUGGUCCAAGAAGAAUGUGAUGUGGAGAAUGAACUCAGCCUGUUUCUUAAGAACCUUACUUUAAACAGGGAAAUCUUGCUUUUUGGGAACGCGAAAUAAGAUGGGAAAAGGCUGAAAUAGGAAUAAGAGAUAAUGUUGCAAAAAGAUUUUGGGAUUGUUGUCUCUGAUUUCUUGUGCCUUGCUUUUUGUGAAGAUUUGAGUUACUUCUGUGAUUGCUCUUUCUGACAUUUGCUUUCUUAGUAUAUAUUCCUACAGAGCCAGAUUUAUUUCGUUGUCUUUAGGUUUACUUAUAGAGCUUAAGCCCCUUCUUUCUAGCCAGUGAAGAUUCUUAUUCUCUCAAAAACAACUUUUCUCUUAAAGCUAUAGCUAUAAGAGGCAACAUAAGAUGAAGUGAUUAUGACAGCAUAUGAGUUUGGGACAGCAUUGUAAGGAUAAUAUUAGAUUUUUCAUGAAAAUAUAUUGCUAUUCGACUCCAUGGAGCAUCGCCUUUUAGCUCUUUAAUAAACUUCUUUUUGUAAAUUACUAAAUUUUAAUUUUUAACUCAUGAUUUCCUGGUUUGGGUUUCACAGCUUCAGAUUGGUUUCAGAUACCAUAAAGGAAAUAAAAUUGCUUGGCUAUUGAGCAAACACAAUGAUAGAUGAGCGCGGUUCUUUUGCUGUGACCAGUCCCUUCCCAGGUCCGCUGCCAAAUUUUCUCAAGUCUAUCAAGAAAUUACCAGCUCGGGUUGCUUUGAUGGGUGAAGUUCUGCCUCUUAAAGAUGAAAAGGCUAGGUUGGCUGGAGAGAGCCUUAAGGAAGUCAUAUCAUCUGAAAGGAGCAUGAUGGAGAAGUUCUCUUACUCCGUUUCGGGUAUAUUGAGUUCAUCCAGCCUUGGUGCUACAUGCCGAGGUGACAAUCUCCAGGAAUUACUUGAUUCAGACAAACAAUAUGCUGUCCUCAAGUUCAAUCCAAGUUCAUGCAUGUAUAUUGACAGCAAUGGAGGGACUCAUGAAGUAGAUCUAGAGGACGUCCAAGCAACAAAACCUGAUCCUUUGUCAUUUUAUACCAUGAGCCUGAUUGAUGGAAUUAAUCAAAGUGAGGCGAGGCGUAGAGCUCUAAUUCUCUUCUGCAUCACGCACUUGAAUAAGAACGCAAAGGACGCGUAUCUGCUUUCUGUUGAUCGGAAAGGAUUAGAUGUGCUGGGAAAAGUUUUAGGUCCAAUAAGGAGCGAUGGUUCUCGUGAAUAUGAGUGGAGGGAGUUGAGAAUUGCAUUCAGAGAAGAGGCACACACUGUUGAAACAUUCUGCCGUCAGCUUGUUGAAAUGGAGCAGGAAGCACUCAAGAGUAUCUCCAACUUUAGUGGUAUAUAAAUAGGGUUGAAUCAGCAUCACACCGACAGUUAUGAAGAAAAAUCAAGGAGAAACUGUGAUGGACAGCCCCCACCAGGAACAACUGCAACAUAGGUCACUUUUCACCGAGGCAGUAGAGGGCCCUGGCUAGGAACAGCAAGAUGAACUGUAUAAUAUUGCAGAAGAUUUGGGCUGUGUUCAUAUCCUUCUUGUAACCUAGAUCAUAAAAUGUUAAUAACCUUAGCUAAGCCAUGAAUCCAUAGUUUGAGGAACGUUAUUCAUUGUGAUGCAAACUGUUUAAAACUGAUCGUUGGUGCGAGCUGGUUACCCCUCAUCUAUAAUCAAGGGAAUGUGUUUCAUUUUAAAUUUAAUAGAAGAGAAUAGUAUUAUUGUUAAUAUUA